UUCGUUUCUUGUAGGCCCCUAAAAACUCGACUGGUCGCUUUUACAGGAUGUGACGUUGUUUAAGCGACAGAACUUCGGAGCAUUUUUUGUUGUCCAAUAUUAAAAACUAAUAUUCACAAAAAUAACACUACGCUUUCUAAAAGCAAAAUAGCCAUUUCUACAUUAGUAACUGUGUGCUAUUUUUAAUUUAAAGUCACAAAGGUAUAAACGCAAUUAAAAUUGGUUAAAUACUUAUUCGUAAAUAAUGAAACUAAGGUAAACCCUAUGAUCGACCAUCCACAGGCGGCGUUGGUUUCACAUGUAUGCUAGCCUGCUAGCUUGUUAACACACUGUGUAAACAGCUGACCAGCUCCUUGGACACAGUUUCGCAAAUUAUAAACGCCUCUCAUUUAGUAGAGCCGUUGAAGGCUCCCCCUUUGAUCCCCAAGCUCCCACGUGAGUGAUUCUUGAUCCGAGGAUCAUGAAGGUGAACAAAACCACGCAGGUCAAAGGUAAAUCUCAAAAGUGGAAGGACGUGAGGGGCAAACGCUCCAGGACCCCCAUCACCUCCACUGAUCUGAACUCGAGUCCUGUCGCAGCCACGGUGAUAAAGGAGCAUCAGAUCUCUGUAAAGAAAAAACCCUCGGUGAAAAGGCUGAAAAAUAAAGCAAAGUGUGUCUCUGACACCAAGGUAAUCCGCCCCGAGUCUGGAGUAAAGAAGUCACACAGUCAAGCUAAUGGGAGUUCAGUAUUUACUGUGGACAAUGAGUCAGAUGACUCUCAGGACUGGAAGGAGUAUUCACAGUCCGUUUGUGGGAACGGUGUGGAGGUUUCACGUAAAACGAAAGACUUCCACCCGGGUAGACUGGAGGGAGAGGCUCUCCAUCUGUGUGCGCAGAGGACGGAUGGACAAAACCGUGUGGUGCUUGUCAUGCAGAAAGAUCAGACGCUGUGUUUCCGUGGGAAGUGCUUCUUGACGUGUCUGUAUGGACGUAUAGAAGUGAUGGGAUUCACCAUUGAAGGUGGCCAGCAGUCGUAUCCACUCUUCUCCCCAGCUUCACAUUGCCCACUGACCAUUAGGACUUUGGAAAACUCUGAAAUCUCCGGAGAUGAGAGAGCAGGAGCUUUUCACAUUCUCCAAAAGUAUCUUCCAGCAGCAUCGCGGAAGAAGUUGCAAAAAAAGAUAAUCUCUCACUCAUCCAUCAUCCUGCUGGAGCCCAUGGAGACGCCCCUCACACGGUUCCUGUCGAGCUUCACGGACCUGAGUGAAUUGUUCAACCCUCCCGUGAGUGAAUUAAUGUCAGCCGUUCUCGACACUCCACUCAACGGUUUGGGUAUGAUACCCCUGGCCAGCACAAUCGAGGGCCUGAAAAUAUCAAAGAGCUGCAGAGAGGCACUAAACACUGUGGUCAGCGCCUGCAGAAGAGACAUUGAUGGCUCUGCAGUUAUCCUUGUAUAUGGGAGCAAGAACGUGGGCAAAUCAACGUUCAUUCGCGUCCUCAUCAAUACUUUACUCAAUCAUACCACUAGUGUAGACUACUUGGAGGGUGACCUGGGUCAAACAGAAUUCACUCCAGCUGGUUGUCUGUCUAUGCUGACUGUCAGACAACCUCUUUUGGGUCCUCCUUUCACACAUCAGCACACUCCAGACCACAUGAUCUACUACGGUCAGUCGUCAUGCGAGUCGGACUUAGACCGCUACCUGGAAUGUCUUAAGUCCUUGUGGCGUAGACGCUCCCAGAGCCAAGAGUCUCCCAUCAUCAUCAACACCAUGGGCUGGGUCAAAGGUUUUGGAUUACAGGUGCUGGUGGACAUGAUCCGCUUCUUCCCCGUCUCACACGUCAUCCAGCUCGGCCACAGCGGCACCACCCAGUGUCCCGGCCUCACUCCUGAAUUUGUGAGGACGGCGCAGGGAUGCCAGACGCACCCGCCUGCCCAGAGCGCACUAGACGAGUUAACAGAGAGCCACAGUCCACCCAGGAGCUACUCUCACCUUGUGGUGCAAUCAGAGUUUCAAGGAGUGGCACGUCAAGGAACAGCGAAACAUCAGCGCAGCAAUGAACACAGAGAGCUGUCUCUGCUGGCUUAUCUGAGUCAGCUGCAGUCUCCUGAGCUUGGACCAGUUAGACCUUUGAACAGCCUCAUCCCGUACCAGGUGCCUAACACAGCGGUGGCUCUAGGUGUGAUCCACUGCGAAGUGAUGCCCAAUCACAUGUUUUAUGCGGCCAAUGCCAGUCUGGUGGGACUCUGCUGCCUGGCAGAGAAAGUCGCAAGCAGGGGGGGUCCAGUCCUGCUGUCCCAGGCUCCCAUCUGCCCGUGUGUGGGCUUUGGUGUGCUUCGAGGUAUCGACGUGGCACGAGGUCUGUACUUUUUAUUGACGCCCGUAGAUCCAACCGUCCUUCGGAAAGUGAACUGCCUCCUCUUGGGAGCGAUUUCGUUGCCUUCAUGCAUCCUCACAACACAGCCUGGCUUUGACGGGGAGAUGCCCUAUGUCACUGCAGACUACAGCUUUGAUCUGACCGGUGCAGGAAAGCUGCGAGUCUACAAGGGAUUGGCGAGGCCCAGUCAAGCGGGGGUGCAGUGACAUUUCUAAGCAGAAUCUGUUAAUGCCCAUUUCUUGGCUGGUGUGUUACUACUAAACCAGUCAGCACUGGCCUUUGAAUGUACAGAACUGAGGUUAAGCUGGGACAGUUUUUUAAAAGAAAAAAAAAAAUCCAUGACUGUGCAGGUGGAGAUGGCUGCCAUCCUCUUACAGGAUUUCCUUUUUGAAAACCCUGGGUGUUCUCAUCGUGUCUUACAACCUGCUACUGUACAUACAUUUGGUGGUGCUGUGAAGGAGUUUUGUGUUUUCUGUCUGAUGGACGAUAAUAUAAUACAUUGCCUUGUAGUUAAAACUCUUGUUUGAUGUCUCUUCUUUGCGGGCGACAUUCCAAAACAAAACACCUGCCAGACUUCUGUUCAGAUUUCUUGCCUUCAGCUAUGUCUAGAACCCAUAAUCUUAUCUUUGUACAGAUUUCAACUAGACUAUGUCAAUUUUAACUGCCACAGUAUUCCCUAUGGUCCAUGUAUUUUUUACAGUUGUAUUUAAGGAUAAAAUGUCCGCUUCCAACACUUGCCACACUUAUAUUAUACAAUAGAUUUGAGAAGAGGGCUAGGUGGGGCAAGGAGGACAUUUUUUUCUUGGGUCAGUAUUGUGUUUGUUUUCCAGUCAAAGGUUUUAGUGAAAUGUCUCAAUUUGUUAUUGUUCUGCUUUACAUUUUGUCAAAGGGACGCCACAGUGUUACAGCACUUAAAGCUCAUUCACGCAGUGUUUCAUCUUCUGUUGUGGGAUUUUAAAGAUAAAAAUAAAGAGCUUGUUUCUA